UCAAAAAAUGAAUUUUCCAAUAGUCAUCAUUCUAUGUCUUAUGGGGUUUAUCCAAGCACGAGGUCAGCAAUGCCAUCUAAAUCCCACCACCAUUCAUAACUUGCUUAAAAUGUAAUCAACAUUUUGACAAAACCUUGAUAAUUUUGCAGAGCUUCCAAUUUGGCAAAUUUUGAUGAACACUGGAUAAUGAAGGCGGAUGAAGACCUGUGAAUUUGUUUCAAUUCCACUGUCCCCAAGAUAAAAAUGGUUAUUUUCACCAAUGCAAACUGAUUAAGCUUAUUAACAUGUUAAAGCUGUAGUUAAAUUAAUCACGAUGAACGCUUGAUUGCAUUACCCAAUCAAUCAAACGGCAGAGAGGAUUAAUGAGGGUUUGUAAAGAAGCAGAAUGUUAUCUUGCACGGCUUCCGCUGCCGCAGUACACAGUGCAUUGUUAUCAAUUCCGCUAUCUUGUCAGCGCGCACAUGAGUGGAAGCUAUUAAAGUUCAAAACCUCCAAAAUUCGUUUUCGCCUCUGUGCUAUAGCUCCCACAAGCUCGGCGUCAGUUGAAGAAUUUCAAUCCACGCCAAAGCCAAAGGCGAAACCUACGCUGCCAACGCUUCCGCAGGAAGGUGAGGACAGCAAUGGCUCUAACUCUUUUCAUGUGUGUGAAAAAAUCAUUCGGCUCUGCAGAGCAGAGGAAUAUCAGGAGGCGCUGGACAUCUUCAGAAUAGUGCAACGUCAUGGUGUUGAAGUGGAUGCAUAUACGUAUGCUUAUUUGUUGAAGGGAUGUACUGUAAUGAAGAAUAUAGAAGAGGGGCGACGGGUGCAUACUCACCUGCAGCAGUCUGGGGUACUGCCGGAUCAUUUUUUGGCUACAAAGCUUGUCAUAAUGUAUGUCAAAUUUGGUAUGCUGUUGGAAGCGCACCAAAUGUUUGACAAAAUGCCUCAACCGGUGCUGGAGGCAUGGAACUCCUUGAUUGCUGGUCAUGCUCAGCAUGGACAGAGCUACCAGGCUUUGGAAUUGUUUGGCGAAAUGCUUCGCCAAGGCUUGGUUUUGGAUGAAUAUACUCUUACUUCAGUUGUGCGGGCUUGUGCAGGGCUAGCUGCCAUUGAUACAGGACAGCAGGUUCACGCUUGUAUUGUCAAGCGAGGGUUACAAAAGCACGUUUAUGUAGAGAGUGCAAUGGUUGAUAUGUAUGCGAAAUGUGGCCGUCUAGACGAUGCCCGACAUGUGUUUGACAAUAUGACUGAACGAAAUGUUGUCUCAUGGAAUGCCAUGAUUGCUGGUUAUGUUCAGCAUGGGUACGGGGAGGAGGCUUUGAGAUUAUUUUAUCAAAUGCAGGUAGAAGGAAUCAAGGUAGACCAUUUUACGUUAUCCACUACUAUAAGGGCUUGUAUUUGCACGGCAUCUUUACGACUGGCAAAGGAGAUUCAUGGUGGGGUUGUUAAGAGUGGAUGUGGCUUAGACGUUGUUCUGGGAAGCGCUAUUGUGGAUUUGUAUUCUAAAUGGGGAGCAUUAGAGGAUGCACGUCAAGUGUUUGACAAAAUGCCUAAGAAAAAUUUGAUUUCAUGGAACGCUAUGAUUGCAGGAUAUGCUAACCGUGGCCACGGGAGAGAAGCAAUCAAGCUUUUUGAAAGAAUGCGUGAAGACUGUAUGAGGCCAAAUCAUGUCACCUUCUUGGCUGUUCUUUUUGCUUGUAGUAAUGCGGGUUUGGUGGAUGAAGGCUGGUAUUAUUUUAGUUCUAUGGAACAGGAAUAUGGCAAAUCCCCAAGAGCAAUGCAUUAUGCUCGCAUGGUUGAUCUUCUUGGACGCACAGGGCAAUUGAAUGAGGCAUAUAAACUCAUUGUUGAAGCACCAUUAACACCUAGUGUAAAUAUGUGGGGAGCCUUGCUGUCUGCAUGUAGAAUGCAUGGAAAUACAGAGUUGGGGACUUUUGCAGCAGAAUGUCUUGUUGAAUUAGAACCAGCACAAAUUGGAAAUUAUGUUGUGCUGUUCAACAUUUAUGCUGGAGCUGGCAGGGCCAAGGAUGCAGAGAAAGUGAAACAGAUAAUGGAAGCCAAUGCAAUUGAAGAGGAGCCAGUGUGCAGCUGGAUCGAGAUCAACAGGAGGGUGCACAUCUUCUCUGUAGGAGACAGAUCUCAUCUUCAAACAGAAGACAUAUAUAUGAAGUUGGAGGAAUUGACCUGUCAGAUGAAGAAAGAAGGCUAUGUGUCUAACACAAACCCGGUAUUCCCUGAUGUGCCAGAACAGGCACAAGGCAAUGUCUCCUAUCACAGUGAGAAGCUGGCCACAGCAUUUGGACUUAUAAGCACACGUCCUACAACAUCUUUCCAAAUUGUUCAAAAGCAUCGUAUCUGUGCUGACUGUCAUUCUGCAAUAAAACUUAUAUCCAAUAUUGUUGGUCGGGAAAUUGUUGUAAGAGAUGCUAGAUGCUUUCAUUAUUUCAGUCAUGGGAUAUGUUCUUGUGGGGAUUACUGGUAAUUCUCUCUAGAUUGUCCUUUGCCUUAGCAGGUGCCAAGCGCAUGGUAUUUAUGUGAUGCAACCUAGCAUGUGUUCCUGUUGGCAAAGCAUCUUGUAGGUAUCAUGCACGGUCAUGACUUGAUUUUUGUUUUAACUGUACAUUUCAAUUGGUUUCAUGGAUCCAGUUUUAUGGUCAGGACUAAAAAUACCAUAACAUCAUCAAAAAUAACAAAAGAAAAUGAAUGAGAGAACUCUCCUCAGUUUCUGCAGUCAUAACUUGAUCUGGUCCAUUUUUGUAUUCUGUUGAUUCGGCAUUUGGAUUUAGGCAGUGAAUCAAAACUCUUUCAUGUGUUGAA